AUUUCCCAUAAUGCUGCUUUUACCAUUUCUGCAGCUUACAAGAUGGCGCAAACGAUAUUUGAAGCCUUUGAAGGUAAAUCGUGCAUUAAGCCCCCUUCUAAACCCUAUCCACUAUGGUGGGACAUCGCAGAGCCAUUCAGAUCUGAGCUAUGCUUGCUGGGGGGGCUCCUGCUACUCUGCUAUGUAGGGAAAGAAGCAGAAUGUGCAGAGGGGGGGAAGUCACAUGGAAGAGCUGAGACUGAGGACUUCAGCUUUAGCAGAGGGGGGGAGGGCUUCCUGGAAAAGCCGCCAUUAUUAAAAGCAGGGGAGAUGCUAGCUUUUUGGAACUGCAGACACCCCAUGGGGGACAUAUUGCUGUCAAGGAGUGUCUCUUAAAGUACUCUAAUUCUUCAUAUCACAGCCAGAUAUCCUGUAGGUCACUGACCGGCUGUUUAAUAGAAUUCCAAGAACACUAGUGAGCAUUCUAUAGAUCGAAUGAUACUAUGUAGCUCAUAUUUGUGGAUAGAAACUAUACAUGGCUAAUGUUGUGAACUGCCAAUCAGCCUUUGCAGGGUGCUUGUGGACUGCACUUACUUUGACGCACAGCCAGCCAUUGCUACCAUCAUACCAGAAUCUGGGGUGCCAAGAUGACCCCGCACUUACAUAGCCUACAGUGUGUGGGUUCUGGGAUGUGUAGACCCAAAUAGCAAAUUAUCUUUGGGUCAGUGCCAGAUUAUUCAUAUUAGAGAUCAAAUUAACUUUUGCAGCAAUUUGAAUCUAAAUACUUAUAUAGAGUUUAUUUAGUAAACAGUUUUAAUAUUGAUCAGUGGUGCAUUAAAAGCUAAUUUGCAGUUUUAGCCAAAAUAGUGUGUGUGUGUGUGUAUGUAUGUAUAUAUAUAUAUAUAUAUAUAUAUAUAUAUAUAUAUAUAAAAUUAUUUGCUUGCCUUGUUAUUUUUUUGUCCAACGUUUGUUUUACUUUUUUAUUGUGUUAAUUUGUUUGGAGUGUAGUCCUGGCAGUAUUUGGGGUUUAUUCACUAACGUGUGAAUUGUUUGGAAUGUAAAGUGUAAUUUAAAAUUUUAGGCCAAAGUGGUCAGACAAGAAACAUAGCUUAAUUGGGGAUUUUAUUAUUUUUUACCAUAUUGACUGUUUUGGCAUAAAAUUUUACAUUUACUUUGUUAUUAAAUAAAAUUGUAGACAGUUUGAAAAAAAGAAGUGAGAGUUAACAGCAGUGCAGCAUGGCAGAAUCCUGCUAACCUUUACCAAUAUAAUGCCCACAUAAUGAGGAAGGAAACUUUACAAUUAAUUUUUUUUUUUUUUUUGAAGUAUGAAAAAAUAUAACCUAGAUGUUAUUCACCAUCAGCAUGAAGUGUAUCUAUAGCGGUGUGGAGAUAAAAAAAAAUAAAAAUCUACUGAAGCAGUAUCACAAUCUAUUAUUUGUCUUUAAUGAUAAUCUACUUGGCCUGAGACAAAAAUAAUUUCAGUUUGGAACACCUGCCUAGUGCCUUAGACAUUGACAGGGUCACUCACUAAACUCAGAAUUUUUGAAAAAGUGUUUUGUGAGUAACUGUGAGUGUCUCACCCUCUGCCUCUUCCCCUAGUCUCCUCCAAUGCCCCCCAUUGUGUAUGUGUGCCUACUUGCUGUAUGUAAUAUGUUUGUUUGUUGACUGCGUAAUGUGUGUGUCGUGUGUUUGGCUUUGUGUAAUGUGUAUGGUGUACACUAGGUACGUGUAAUAUCUGUGAUGUAUGCUGGCUGUAUAUAAUAUGUGUGUGUGAUGUUUGCUGGCUGUGUGUACGGGAUAUUGUCUGAUUGUGUGUAUGGGAUGUUUUAUGACUGUGUGUGAUGUUUAUUCACAGUGUGUAGUGUGUGUGCCUGGGGAAAAAGAAAAAACUGGAAAAAAUAUGCCUGCGCGAAACUACAUUUCCCAUGUGUCAGGCGAUAGGACUUCCCUCCUGGUGAGACACUUCUGUUUUUUUUUUUCAACCAGAGACCACAAACCAUACAACAAUAAUUAAAAUAUGUGAGACCUACAGUCAGGAUUAUUGUCUAAAGUGUCAAGAAUUCAAAGUAAAAUUUCAAUUUUAGACCAAAAUAGACUGUUUCGGCCUAGAAUGUGAAAUUCACUUUAAAUAAUCAACAAGUCAUAUUUGUUGAAUAACUGUGUCUAUUUUACAAAAAUGAAACUAUUCUAAUUUGAAAGUUUAUUUUAUAAUAAUAAUUCUGCUAUUAUGGCUUAUAUUUGCAUAGCAACUGGAAAGAAUAACAUGCUGUGAUAAUGGAAGAAAUGUGUUGUAUUUUUCUAGGCAUGGAUAACCAGACUGUCCUCGCAGUCCAAUCACUGCUGGAUGGGCAGAGUGGAGUGUCGGAUCCCACCACGCAAUCUGUCAAUAACUCCGGCACCAUACAAGUACUGGGUAAGAACGUAGUCUGUGCAUUUUAUACUUUUAUAAUAUAAAGUGCUGGAAGUGAUAAAAUUGUUCUGACAUUGAAAGUUUUUUUUUUUUUUUUGUAAAGGAACACACUAAGCACCAUAACCACUGUAGCUUGUUGCUAUGGUGCCAGGAGUGCCCUGUUCCUCUCGCCCCCUUCCAUUUCAAGGAGUCAAACUUUUUUGAAUGGUUUUGCUUUUUACCUGGAAACCACCAGUGCUGCUACUCACCCCCGCUUCAGCCAACAGAGAGAUGGGUGUUCCUCAGUAGGAACUCCCAUAGCUCCCCUGAGCUGAGGUCUGCAGUGCAGGGUUAGCUCAUUGGCUGAGAGAAUGAGGUGAUCAAUCACUUCAAUGUGAUCAUAGUACUGGGAAGUACGUUAUAUGUACUAAUCUAAAUGUUUUAGCAAAUAUAACCUGGAGGUGGGAUUUGACAAAAAAAAUUAUUUUAAAUAUUAUUAGUCUGUUUACUAUGUUGAAACAUAAUUCUUUUCAUUGCUACUGAACAUUCUAGUGAUCUUGUGCCUAUAGAAUUUGUAGUUUGACGGUGUCUUCUUUUCAGAUGAUGAAGACGUAUUCCUGUGCGGGAAAUGUAAGAAACAGUUUAACUCUCUACCAGCUUUCAUGAUACACAAACGGGAGCAGUGUCAGGGUAACGCACCUUCUCUAGCGUCUGUGUCUAUGGGCUCUCACAGCGUAUAUACCCCAGCGGUGAGCUCCGUCCAACAGUCACAGAUUAACAGACAGGUGGGUAGAACAACAGUAAACCUCCUGUGCUUCCUAAGGUUACAUACUAGGUGGUUAUCUAAGAAACCAUCAUUAACCUAAAUCUGCAGAAGACAUACAGAAAGGUAAGUAAUAUAUAGGGCUUUCUAGAGCAGGGGUUGGCAACCUUCGGCACCUCCAGAUGUUGUGGACAACGUCCCCCAUAAUGCUCUUACAGCCAUGAUGCUGGCAAAGCAUCAUGGGAGAUGUAGUCCAGCGCAUCUGAAGUGCCGAAGAUUGCCACUCCAUAUCUAGGAUUAUAGUACUACUGCCAUGCUCUGAAUCAUGUGAGAUUAGGUUAGUGAUAUACAGUGUGGUUGAAAAGUGAGAUUUCUCUUCUCCCUUUUAGAUCUCCACGUACAUUGCGGUUCCUCCAUCUCCGCUAAUCCAGACGUUGGUGCAGGGCAAUGUGUUGGUGAAUGAUGAGGCCCUUCUGUCUGCAAUGUCCGCUCUCACCUCAUUGGACCAGCCAAUGCAUUCCAUACCAGGACCAGUGCAGGUGAGUGAAUACACCUAGAGCCCGUUAUUAUUUGUGUAAGUUUCAUAGACCUUUAAAAAGUGGCCAAAAUGCAAAAUAAAUGUUGGCAAUGAAUAAGUAUGUCGGUACCUCAGCAUUUCAUACAUUAUUAGAUUAUAGUAAGAUCAGAAGUGCCUUACAGAGUAUUGCAGAGGUAGAAUUGCCCCUAAAUAACUAUUUUAUUACAUCCCAAACUGUCAGAUGUAGCAUGCUAUCUAGUUAAUAAAACACAUUGCUCUGGAUAAAUAUGUAAAAAUAUACAAUCUACAAUAAAAGUUAUAAAAAGGACCACAUACAGUGUAAUAACGCUAAAAUACCAUACAAGUGGCUAGGGAUAUAUUGCACUCACAAACGAAAAACUGAUUGUAGGCAGACCUAAAUCAAAUGCUGCAGAACCUUCUUUAUUCUCUUCUUCCCCACCCCCAAAGUUAGUACAUAUAGGGAAAAAAUGAAAAACAGACACAUGCAAAACUGUGUACAAUAGUAAACAAUAUUUAUUACACGUUGCAGUAACCAAUUAGAGUAGUAAUAAAAACACAUCAAUAUAACACUUCGCACAAUCCAAAGGAGAUCACCAGAAAACAGGAACAGUGUCCAACUGGAAACAUAAGAAAACAACAAAUUAAUUGAAAUAAAAUACGGAUACUAUGCGUCUCUCCUACCCUACACAUUUCGUCCGACUUCAGACUUCGUCCGGAGCUUCAAAACAUCUUAGUUUUUUAGAUGUAUCUCAUCGAUGUAGUAUAAAGAUCAUUUUAAUAAGGUUUUUUCCUUUCAUUUUCAGAGUAACCUAAGUAUGCACACUAGCGGGACUUACCUCCACGCUCCAUCCUUGCCACCACGGCUGCAGCACCCACCUCCAUCUGCCCCUGCACAUGGGCAUCUAGGUGUGCCCGUGCAAGCAAACAGCAGCAGCUGCAGUACUGUAGUGCAAGUGUACAGCUCUCCCAUCAGCAUGCCCGGCAACCCAGCGAUGGAAAUCCACGGGCUGAGCAUGGCUCCAUAUACCCAGAUCGAGGUAAAAACAGUGAAUAAGUAACUGUCACAUGGCUAGCUUGUUAGCUCUUAUGUAUGUAAGCUACCCCUAGCUAUUUAGCUGUUAAAAUUACUAGCCUUUUAUUGUUAAUGACAGCAAUACUUGGGUUUGUGUAACCAUUUUUGCAAUCACAGAAUGUUUUACAUCAGGGAACCCAAAAGGUAGAUCCUCGGAUGUUGAAGAACUAAAGCUUCCUUGAUGCUCUGCAUGUCCUUACAUGCCUUUAGAGUGACAAGGCAUUAUAGACACCCCUGUUUUACAUGAUAUGUUCAGAUUUGAAUUUGUUACUUGUUAGAAGACAUGUUACAGAUGAGAUUGCAGUGCCAUUCUAACUUGCAGGUUCCCAGCCAGUGUGUAGAGAGUACAGUCUACAACACCCCCCCAGUAUACAGCCCCGGGAAGCAAGGCCUGAAAUCCAAAACUACAAGCAGCUGUUCUCCAUGUGCUGACUUGAAUGGGAACAGCAUAGGGCCUGUGGAACCAGCUCUUCCCAGCAAAGCUCGUCGCCCCAAGACUGACCGGGUGGUCCACAAUGGUGUGUAAUUGGAAUGUAUAUCAGUACUAUAUAAUGACGUUGAAAUGCUUCGGUAAUCAGCACUUUGUUAGUUCAAAGUCUAUUGAUAACAUGCAUAUAAACUGACCAGCCACAACAUUAAAACCACUGACAGGUGAAUUGUUAUUCUGAAGUGAUAACAUUGAUUUUAUCGUUACAAGGGCACCUGUCAAGGGAUAGGAUAUAUUAAGCAGCAAGUGAACAGUCCGUUAUUGAAUUUCAUGUGUUGAAACAGAAAAAAUGGGCAAGCAAAAAGAUCUCAGUGACUUUGAGAAGGGCCAUAUAGUGAUGGCUAGACAACUGAAUUCUGAAUAGAAACAUUAAGGCAAAAAUAACUGGUUUGUAAAAAUUCUCCCAUCUCAAGCUAUAGUCACAUUUUAAAGGACCACUCUAGGCACCCAGACCACUUCAGCUUAAUGAAGUGGUCUGGGUGCCAGGUCCCUCUAGGAUUAACCCCUUUUUUUUAUAAACAUAGCAGUUUCAGAGAAACUGCUAUGUGUAUGUUAGGGUUAAUCCAGCAUCCAAAUCCUCUAGUGGCUGUCUCAUUGACAGCCGCUAGAGGCGCUUGCGUGCUUCUCACUGUGAAAAUCAGUGAGAAGACGCCAGCGUCCAUAGGAAAGCAUUGUAAAUGCUUUCCUAUGAGACUGGCUGAAUGCGCGCACAGCUCUUGCCGUGCGUGCGCAUUCAGCCGAAGGGUAGGAGAAGAGGCAGAGAGGAGGAGGAGAGCUCCCCGCCCGGUGCUGGAAAAAAGGUAAGUUUUAACCCUUACCUCUCCCCAGAGCCGGGCGGGAGGGGGACCCUGAGGGUGGGGGCACCCUCAGGGCACUAUAGUGCCAGGAAAUCGAGUGUGUUUUCCUGGCACUAUAGUGGUCCUUUAAUUAUUUCAGUCAAAAUUUUGCUAAUUUGAAUCAGAUCACUAAAAUUCUGUGAAUAAAUGUAGUGAAUAAAAAAACAUAAAAAAAAAAUAUAUAUAUAUAUGUGUGUGUGUGUGUGUGUGUGUGUGUGUGUAUAUAAUCGUCUUCAAUUUGUUCAGUCUUGACAAAUCCUCCAUGACUGAGACACACUUGUGUCAUUGUGACAGCACUCAAAGUAUAUUCUCUAUUUUAAAUCCUUUACAAUAAUUAAUACCAGAGACAUUUUAUGCCGUGAAGGUAUUAGAACAUCCUCUUAUGCGGUGUUAUAUCUAACACUGUAUGGUGUUAAUAAAAUGUAUAUGUGCAGUAAAUGCUGUUGUAUUUUAAAAAAAUUUUUUUACUGGUCAAUCUUCAGGAAAAGUGAAAUCUCCCAAGCUGAAAUGUACCUUUUGUGACAAGGCAUUUGGGAAAAACUUUGAUCUUCAACAGCACAUUAGAAGGUAAGUCAUUGCCUUCACUAGCGUCUUCUCCGCUUCAUAGAACACUCCAAGAAAUGGUGGAGGAUCUCAAGAGUCGAAGUUCAACAGUAACUGGGGCUUACUUAUUAGCACUUCACUUACUUGCUCCUGACAUAAAUCAGUCCCCACAUGCUCCAAAAAUUUGUUCACUAUCUUAGAAUCUAGUGUUCUAUAGUGAUAAUUGGUAUAAUGAUGAUGAUAAUAAUAAACUAAGUGUAGAUGAGCUAGAUGUUGAAAAGUAUGACUUCUAUGGCGUUCUACGAACUUCUAGAAAUAAAAUGUUCUAGAACAAAACACUGCGUUCUAUUAAACUUCCAACACUUUGUUCCACUGAAAUGUUCCAUAUUAUCUUUGCGAAUUCUAGUUUACUGUCUCUUGUAGCCACACAGGUGAAAAGCCAUUCCAGUGCAUUGUGUGUGGACGAGCUUUCGCACAAAAAUCCAAUGUCAAAAAGCAUAUGCAAACUCACAAGGUGUGGCCAAGGGCCACCAAUACCACCAACACCAAAGGCCAUGUGACACUGCAAGUGGAUCCUCUGAACAGCUCACAACCAGAGGAAAGUGUGGAGAAUAAUGGUGAGUAGUAGGAAUAAUGGGAAAGUGGUUAACUACAGGACUAGAGUAAAAUGGUACUCCCUGCUUCUCAACACUAAAAUGCUAUAAAUCUAGAAAAAGCACAAGAUCCAGCACAGGUGAAAAGUGGGUUUACUAGUGAAUCUUAAUUUGUUUGAAGAACCUAAGAAAGACCAUUUUAUAUGGAACAAUGCUUCCCGAGUGGUCUCCCCCUUAGGUUAUCACAAGAGAACCCACCUUUCAUCAGCGUCUGGACUUUUUUUGGACGAAAGUGGAGUUUAAUACCUUGACUUGAACAGGCUGGUUGCACAGCAGCUGGAUUACUGUAGGUUGUUCACUCCUGGUAUAUUCACGAUAAGGGUGGUGUUAAAACUAGAGGGUUUCCAUCAGUUUGACAUUCAGACAUUUACAAUUCAGCAGCCUUUCAGACAGAUCUGUUGAGUAUGAGAAACCUUUUAAGCUCUUAUUAAGCAUGAUCAUGUUUAAUAUAUCUUUGUUCUUGCAGCCCCUGGACAAACCUCUCCCAAGGAGCCACCGAGUGAAGGAAUGGACACAGUGCCAAAUGGCAUGGCAGAGGGCGCAGACGACAAGCAAGUGCUUCUCGUGGACAGCUCCUACCAUUGCCAGUUCUGUACCAGCAAAUUUAGCAGCUAUUUUCAGCUCAAAUCACACAUGACGCAGCACAAGCAGGAACAGGUAUGUAAAGUGGAAUAAGAGUUUAAAAGAUGACUGCGUAUAAUGGGACUCUGCACUCUAACAUCACAAUGGAUCAGUAAAGUUCACAUUUUAAAAGUCAAAAAGUCUUUAAUACCUGGCUGAAGCCACAGAGAGCACUACUACGAACCUUAUGUUUAUUUUCAAGGUGGGAUUGUAGGUCUCAGAAUUAAUAGAAUUACUUUGAAAGUCAAAUUGACAAUUGACUCAUUAAUCAUUUCACAAAUUUGAUGUCCUUUUGAUGUGACACACUAUUACAUAGAAAAUAAUCCAUAUUAAAAGGUUUCUAUAUCCAGUCAUUAAGUGGUUUGCAACAGAAAGUUUUUUUUAAAAAAAACACAUCCAAACAAUCUUCUACCAGAAUCAUUCCUCUGUCUACAGGUGUAUAAGUGUGUGGUGAAAGGCUGUGGUCAUACGUCCCAGAAGCUGGAUCAAUUUUUGGAGCAUAUCAAAACCCACCAGGAGGAGAUGACUUAUCGUUGUCACUUGUGUAACAAGGACUUCACAUCCCUCUACGAGAUGAGUAUCCACCAGUAUUCCCACAGUUUACUGCCUCAAAUCGCCCCCAAGAAGGAGAUGACUGUGUACAAGUAAAGUAUCUUUAUGUGUGGACUCCAUGUUUUAUAGAUUCUAUGUUUUGUGAUAUUUAAAGUAAUAACAUGUGCUGUACAUAGCUUCUUUGGACAUGAUCUGAGGACUGAGCAUGAUAAUGGCAGAUGAGAUUUAAUACUAAGAAAGGCAAUGUUACACAUUUAAUAGCAAAAAUAAAUCUGUGAGUUAUUCUUUAAGUGAGAGUGAGUUAGGAAAAAUGGUUAAAUUAAAAUUAAAUGAGUCAUGUUAGACAAUAGACUUGGAACAGUGUGCAGUGUCCACCAGAAGCUGGAAGGGCUGUUACAGUUACUUACUGGUAAACAAAAAUAUUUGCUUGUUUAUAAAUCAAUGAUAUUUAACCUGUGCCCUCUUUGUACAUACAAUGAAAAUGUGCUUCCCUAGGUAUGAAGGAAAGCUAGUAGAGAUGGAAUAGAUACAUCAACAAAGUAUAUCUAUUUUUUUUUACAUUUGGAAUUUUUCAUUUUGUCCAUACAAACAGUUUUUAGUGCUUAUCUGUUUAUUAACAGGAGUUUACAAAAUGCUUUCUGUGGAGAUUGUAUAUUUAUUUACAGAAAGAACAAUACUCCUACGUACAGAAAUGGACUGGAUAAUUUUCUUAUUGGCAUAGGAUGAGAAUAGUAUUCUUCAUCAGAUAUCUGCCUCCCUAGUCUAAAUGGAGAAGGAUAUUACUGGUCCACAUUUCACUGUUUACACUCCAAGUGGCUAGAACACAACUUGAGAGGGCCAUGCCUAUGACUGCAUUAACUGAAGUUCCAAUAAUUUAGUCUGUAUUCUCUUGCAGGUGCCUAAAGUGUAUGAGUAAAUACUCCACUCCAGAAGCAUUAGAGCAACAUGUUCAGACAGCCACCCACAGUUACCCCUGUCCCCACUGCCAGAAGGUGCGUGAUUCUGCCCAUAAUACCCUACCCUUUCUUAAUUCAACAUCUGAACUGCUGGUCUCAUUUCUCUUUGUUUUCUUUUUAUUGAUUACUGUAACAAUGUAUUUAUAAAGUCAGAUCUGUUUUACAGCACUGUGUAAUGUUGAGAUCUGUCUUAUUUACUUUUAAGAUCUCGUAUCUUUAAAGCCUGUGUUUACCAUGCAAUAGGCUCAGUAGCUACAUUACUUUUAAAGGGGAUAGGCAGGACACAAAUGGCUGUAGCUCAGAUGUAGUACUGCAUUUAAAUGUAGUUUGGUCCAUAUCUUGUCUGAUAUUGUGAAUUCUAUGCUUAAUGUUCGAUCUACAACCUUUUUGCGUGGUUUACAUGUAUUACAGUGUAGGAAUGAAUUUGUGAACUUUUACAACUUUGGAAAGCCUAGGGUGUAAAUCUGGUAUUGGAUAACUGAGGAAUAAGAACAGUGACAUUAAUUGCUAUGGCUCAAAAUGUGGUUCUCUUACAACUUUACAGUUCCUUUACUUAUUGCUUAACUUAUAUUUUCCAAUCAUGCAUCAGUUGGUAAAAUUUUAUCUGCAUUUUAAUUAUCCUGUGGCAGGUUUUUCCUUGUGAGCGCUACCUCCGUAGGCAUAUGCCCACCCACGGUGGAGGGGGGCGCUUUAAGUGCCAGGUGUGCAAGAAGCUAUUCCGAAGAGAACACUACCUGAAGCUUCACAGCCACAUCCACUCAGGUAUUGCCCACAAUGAAAGGUCAAUAGUAGCUUUACCUCUCGAUGUGAUAGUUCUGGUUUCUGGGCCAUACCUCCCUGCCAUCCAUGUUUGCAGCUAUAAUGACAAUGGCCACUGCUUCAUGGCCCCCUUAAUGAGACCAUUUUCACUUGACAAGUCCAUACUACAUCCCUGUUCUGCCUUAACACUACAUUCUGUCAUCCGGCGGGGGAGACCGAUUGCGCAUGCGCGGCCGCUGGCGGGGUGAGACCUAAUGCGCAUGCGUGGCAAUGCCGCGCACGCGCAUUAGACCUCCCCAUAGGAAAGCAUUGAAAAAUGCUUUCAAUGCUUCCCUAUAGGGAUUUUAGCGACACUGGAGGUCCUCACAUAGCGUGAAACCCGGAAGUGCCCUCUAGUGGCUGUCUAGUAACUGCAAUAUUUACAGUUGCAGGGUUAAGGGUAAUGGGAGUUGGCACCCAGACCACUCCAAUGGGCAGAAGUGGUCUGGGUCCCUGGAGUGUCUCUUUAAAGCCAAAUUGUUAGAAAAACUUUUCAAAUGAUUUUUCUACAAGAAAACAAACAAACAACGUAGCCUUUGAUGGUGCCUUCUAUAGAUGAAUAAUUUGGAAAGUACUUCUAACAGUGUUGAAUCAUUUAGAAAGCUUAAGAAAUCAAUGCCUAAUUCGGCAGUGUGGGCAGUUUGUAUGCUGCUCACUGAAACAUGAAGAUUCCCUGAGACGAUAUUAAAUGGCUUCUUUUAUUCCUUUUCUUUACAUGUCUUUGAUUCCUUAAGAAAAUAUAUCUAUUGAAUGCCGCUUUCUAAUAGCUAACUUGCUCGAACUCGUCUGGGCCUCAUGUAUCUACCUUACCUAUUGUUUUGGAUCUGCUGCACCUCUCUGCGAGUCUCACUGGCUUCUCAUUCACAACAGAGUUAAAUUCAAAGUUCUCACCCUGAGCUACAGAGCCCUUACUUACACUGCUCCACACUACCUGCCCUAAUCAACAAAUAUACUCCAGAUCGCCGUUUAAUAUCGAACCACGACCUCCUAUGUGCAUCUUCUACUAUCACCUCUUUCCAUUCUAAGCGUCAGGACUUCUCUCUUGUGCGGCACUAACCCUCUGGAACGCACUUCCCCAUGCUGUUAGACUUUGCCCUAGUUUGCCUUCCUUUAAGUGCUCCCUAAAGACAUUCUACUUUUAGGUAAGCCUACCACUCAACUCAGUUACUAACUCAUUUCUCUUAACCAAUAAAUUCCAUCAUCUCACUCUGUAUUAACAUCAUUCUCCCAUCCUUUCGUUCAUCAUGCCUCCUAUCCAUCUAUGUAAGUUCUGUUUGGAAUAGGGACCUCAACUCUUCCUGUAUUUGUUUUAAAUGUUUCUAUUUUCUCAGAUGAAUAUGUCCUGGGAUAUUGAUAACACAAAUGUGCAUGCGUCAUUACACCGGCGUCUCGCACACGUUCUGGUAUCACACGGGGGAAAAUGACCAAUAGCUGCCCUUUUAAGCGUAUAUAAUCCCCUUUGGUUUGUGCCCUGUUGUAGUUUCCAUCUAUUUGGUUAAUCCGAGAGCACGUUAUUUCUUGUAUAUCCUCUGGCUUAUCUGACCUUGGCUUGUCUUUGAAAAUUCUCCUAUCUACCUUGACCUUUGGCUAUUUUCCCGUUUAUUCUAAUUUCUGUUCUCCUGACUCUAAGGCCCGGUAAUAUGCUUUUCUCCCAAAUAGUAUAUUUAUUAUUGUUUACUUAAGUUCUGCGUGUCGGGUUAUAGCUAUCCAUGACAACUGCACCUUUGCCUUUUUACUUGUUGGUGCUUUAUAUUAAUAAUAAUACUCAAUGUCCCAUCAUUUGAGGUUGAUGCUUGCAGUGCAUGCACUUAUGCAAUAUCUAGGGUUGAUGGUAGUGCUGGGCAGUCAGAAGUGGAUUGGUCGUAAGUGUGUUUUAUACUUACCACUGCUGCAGUCUCUACUAAAAACACAUCAGUAGUGUUUACAGAGAUGAGGGGAAGAGGAACUGCUACAGAGAAAGUUCCUCUUUUUCAGAAGCAAAUGUUAAGAAAAAAAAUAUUUUGUGACUUUUUAACCCACUGUAACAUAGGUAGAUGAUUUAAACUGGUAUAUUCAUGAAUUUUCUUCUGCGACGAGAGAACCUGCUCUAAAUCACAGUAUGCAGACUUAUUAAUUUUUUAAAUUUGAAGAUUUUUAUUGAGUUUCCAAGAUAACGAGGGAUACAGAAAGCAAAAAAGGUGAAUGGAAAGUUAGGGUGCAGAGAUUUUCCAGGGACUUUAGUAUCAUUUAAUCAGGGCUCACAAUUUCCACUUGCCACUGAUGAGUGCAAAUUUAGCCCUGGCGAGUAGAAAUUCGCCAUGGUGAGCAUGCCUUGGACCCUCUAGGCUUGCAGUGGCUAGUAAGUUUUAAAAUCAAGUUAGUAGCAUAGGACUUUAAAUUUUAAGCACUGACUUGAUUGAUAAGUGUACUGGCUCUAUCACUGUGCAUAUAGACAAUGGCGAAAUAUAUGCACAAAACAAACAAAAUUGGCCAAGGCCCAAUAUUUUUAUGAAAAUCUGAACAAUAACAUCUCAAACCCUAGAAACUUUUGGGGGAGUUUGUAAGUUAUUUAUUAUUUUCCAAUCUACUCCCAACCCUCCACUGUCAAAGUGGACAACCAAACUCUGCAACUUCCCUUAGAUGUAGCAAAUGCCUUUAACAAUUAUUUUGUCGGAUGUUCCACCACCCUGAUUGCUAAGCUAACAAAUGACACACAUCCUGAAACUACAAAUGUGGAACAGACCCCCCUAAAUUUGCAAAGACCCAAUAUAGACCAGUUCAAUUUUAGACCUGUAACUAUUAGUGUAAUUAAUAAACCCCUUAAUAAGCUAAAAAUGAAAAAACAGUCUGUACCUGAUAAAAUCCAAGCAAUGCUGUUGAAACUCUGUGCGUCUGCAAUUGCUAAACCUGUCACAACCCUAAUUAACAAAUCCUUGGUGUUUGGAUACAUACCCAAACUUUGGAAGACUGCAAGAGUAGUGCCUAUCCAUAAAAGUGGUGACACUACUUUGGUUUCUAACUAUCGCCCAAUAUCAUUGCUCCCAGUAUUGUCAAAAAUCUUAGAAAAAUUUGUUCAUACGCAACUAUGUGAGUAUUACCAACAAUCAAACUAUCUGACCCCUGAUCAAUCAGGCUCUCGCCCGAAUCACUCCACUACAACUGCACUCUUAAAAGUUUGUAAUGACAUCCAAACUGGCAUGGAACAAGGAGACCUAACUGGAGCUAUUUUCCUUGAUUUUGCUAAUGCCUUUAACACAGUAGACCACGACAUUCUAUUGCACAAACUAAAAAACUCCGGUAUUGGUCAUCAUCCGUUAACCUGGUUUUGAUCAUAUGUAUCGGAUCGAUCACAAUAUGUGUCCAUUUCUGACAGCGACUCCCUCCCUCUCCCAGUCACGUGUGGUGUACCCCAAGGUUCCAUUCUCUGCCCCCUUGUAUUCACAUUAUUUAUAAAUGAUCUGCCUAAUGUCUGCAAAUCCUUAAAUGUACACACGUACGCAGAGGACACAGUAAUCUAUGCAAGCAAAUCCGAGCUACCGCAGCUUGAGGCUGUGCUCCAAGACCAGUUUACAGAGAUAGAAAAGUGGAUUGCAAAAAACAAACUCUUCCUAAACACUGACAAAACUGUCACAAUGCUCUUUGGAACAGUACCUAAAUUACACAAAUUACAAAAUCCCCAUCUAUGCAUCAAAACUAAAUAAAAUAGUACACUGACCACAGUCCACUCUUUCAAAUACUUGGGUAUGUUGUUAGACCCCAAUCUAUCUUUUAGCCUCCACAUAGAAAAACCUGCAUCAAAACUUUAUCCAAAACUAGAUGCCCUGUACAGAAACAAAUCCUGCCUAAGCCCUACAGUAAAGGAAAAUAUUGUACAGCAAAUGCUGAUGCCAAUCAUUGAUUAUGGGGAUGUAGUAUAUGCACCUGCACCACAAACCCACAUUAAUAAACUCAAUACAUUGUAUAACUCGAUGUGCCGCAUUGUGCUACAAUGUAAUUACAUGACCCACCAUUGUGACAUGGUAAAACUAAACUGGCUGUUGCUGGAACAACCUCCUGCACACUUUCAAGUCUUCCUAAGCCUAAAAUCCUUUAAGAGAUCCAUCUGUACAUAUCUGAAAACAGAAUGUACCUGUCAUAUAUGUUUCUUAUAUGUUUCUUACCUGUUCUAUGUUAAAUUUUGUAUAUAUUAUAUCAAUGCAAUGUUUUGUGAACCCAGGACAUACUUGAAAACGAGAGAAAUCUCAAUGUAUCUUUCCUGGUAAAAUAUUUUGUAAAUAAAUAAAUCUACAGCAAUAUAGCAAGUAGUAUAAAAUCAGCAAGUCAUAACAGUGUUCUAGAUUAGAUGACAAGACGAUAAUCACAUGUGCUGGUAGUAGAGUGUAAGUAAAGGGUUCAUUCUGGUGAAAUCUCAUAAGUCAAGAGAUAUUAUGAGAUUGUUAUUUAAUUAUUGAUUGUUUAUACCACCCUUAGAAGCAUUCACAAAAUAGUAAUUUAAAAAAAAAAAUAGUCUGGCAGAUUAUGCUAGCAGUCAGAAUUGUAUUUGUGAUGAUCCAACUUCAUCCAAUGCUUUCAUAUAUCUCAUGAAUAUAACCACUCGACAGUUUGUCCCUGCAGAUCCUAGGCAAUAAUGUACUGUUCCCCACAGGUGAAAAGCCAUUCAGAUGUGAGCUGUGCAAGUCUGCCUUUAAUCGAAAAGACAAGCUGAAGAGACAUAUGUUGAUUCACGAGCCAUACAAAAAGUACAAGUGUCCCUUUGCGUAAGUCUAUAUCUUUUUAUUUUAUUUUAUUUUUUUACUGUUUUCUCUCCAAUUGUGAACAUAAAAGCUGUUUAUCUGUGGUUUUCAGGCUCACUCUCAACUAGCAUGUGGAUCACAACUGACAUCACCACCAGCCAGGCAAUUGUUUGGUCAGUGGUGAUGGGAGUUGUUGAACCAAGUUUAAAUACAUCUGUGUAUAUAUGAAGUUACAUCUUCAACUUCAUUCACUUUCCUUUACUGCAGAAUAUACUGGUUAGAUAGCUAGACAGAUUAAUAAUGUCUGCAUCUAAAUCCCUACAGAUCUCACUCUGGAUGCAACAAAGAAUUUAAUCGCCCUGACAAACUGAAAGCUCAUAUCCUGUCACAUUCCGGUGAGUAUCCGAUGGUUAUGAUUAUGUUCUAAGAGGAAGAUUACAUACACACAAAUAUCCAGAUUUCUCAUUAACCUGAAGAUCUCGGAGCAUCUGAAAUUUAGGCAUCAAUUUUCUUAUUUUUUUUCUGCUAACAUCUGUAGUUUGGAUACUUACCCAUAUGAUAUUUUCUUCUUUUUAGGAAUGAAGACACACAAGUGUCAGUAUUGUACCAAAUCUUUCAGCCGACGAGCACACAUGUUGGAGCACCAGCGCUGCCACACUGGCAAUUAUCGGUAUUGCUGCCCAGACUGCGGCAAAGGUUUUACACGCCAGAAGUACAUGAAAGAGCAUAAGUGCAGACUGCAGGAGGAUAACGAGAAAGAACAGGUGAGGAAUUUUAUCAAGUGAAGACCACCUCUGUUAUGGAACUCUAGGCCAUCAGUCCCAAACUCUAUCGCAUGUCCCUUAGACAGUGGCGUACAUACCGAGGUUGCGGCUGCGACCGGGCCCGGCCACCCUGCGACCCAGUAUGUACCCAGUGUGGCCAGCCUCUUCAACUGGGGGGCCCAGGAGCCGGCCACCUCAGGGCCCCCCCGAGUCUGGCCCUGGUGUCACCGGCGGCCGGUCCUGCGGGCGUGCGAGGGAGCACUCUCCCCUGAGCGCUCCCUCUUCAGCUCCCUCGUGCGCCACGUACUGAUGCCGGGGCCGGAAUAUGACGUCAUAUUCCGGCUCCGGCAUCAGUGCACGGCGCGCGAGGGAGCUGAACAGGAAGCACUCAGGGGAGAGUUCUCCCUUGCGCGCCCGCCAGCCAGACAGCCAGCCAGCUGACCGGCCACCCAGCAACACCACUGGACCCCAGGGAAUCCCCUCAGCACUCCCAAAGGUAGGUGCGGCUGGGGGAUUACAUUUUUUUUUUUUUAAACCGUGUUAGUGUGUGUGUGAGUGUUAGUUUUUGUGUCAGUGUGUGCAGGGCUGCCAUCAGAAAUUUUGGGGCCCCUGACACAGCUCAAGGUCUGGGCCCCCGGUGCUGCCCGAGUCCGCCCACAGGGAUGCAGUGUCUGUACCGAUUCUGAUGUGUGUGUAUAGUGGAUGUAGAAUGGGUGUAGUGUAUGCAGAGUUGGUGUGUGUUUAACAGAUGCAGUGUGUAUAGUGGAUGCAGAUUGUACAUUUGUGUAAUGUAUGAGGUUUAUAUUAGAUGCAGAGUGUGUGUUUGUGUAGUGGAUGUAAUGUGUAUGUGUGAUUGUGUAGUGGAUGUAGUGUUUGUGUGUAUUAAAUGCGAUGUGUAUAGUGAAUGCAGAGUGUGUGUUUGUGUAGUGGAUGUAGUGGGUAUGUGUGCAUAGUGACUACAUAAUGUGUGUUUGUGUAAGUAUUUAAUGUGUGUAUAGUGACUGCAGACUGUGUGUUUGUGUAGUGGAUGUAGUGUGUGUAGUGACUGCAAAGUGUGUGUUUGUGUUAGGAAGUAGUGUGUUUAGUGACUGCAGACUGUGUGUUUGUGUAGGUAUGUAGUGUGUGUAGUGACUGCAGAGUGUGUAUGUUUGUGUAAGGAUGUAGUGUGUGUAAAUGUUAGUGUAUAGUAUGUGUAAAUGUAUGGGGCUGUAAAAUGUGGGGGGAAAAGCCUACAGUUUUUUUUUUUCCAACCAUUAAUAGUAAUGUUUUAUUCCCCCCUCCCUGUAUCUCACCUGUGGCCAUGGAGGGGAGAAUCACAUUGGCUGGGCUGGAGCACUGGAGCCAGAGGUCCUCCUGAGGCAUGGUGCAGCCCCUACUACCUAUAUUCUGCAGGGGGCCCAGCACACUUGAAAUAUACUGCCCAGCUACUCUGCUCUGUAGAAGUCUCGCAAGCCAUGCGGAGCCGCAACGCUCUGACGAUCACGUCGCUCGCGAGACUUCAACAGAGCAGAGUAACUGGGCAGUAUAUUUCAAGUGUGCUGGGCCCCCUGCAGAAUACAGGUAGCAGGGGGCCCGUAGUGCACACCUAUAUAGCGUUAAUCGCUAUAUAUGUGUGCACAUAGCUAAUAUGGGGCCAGGGAGGACCUGAGCAGUCCGGGCCCCCCAGGACCGCCGGGCCCAUGACAACAGUUAUGGUUGUCAUGCCCUGAUGGCGGCCCUGAGUGUGUGUGUGUUAGUUUGUGUGCGUCUGUUAGUGAGUCUGUGUUUUGUGAGUGUGUAUGUGUCUUUCUGUCAGUGAGUGUGUAUGUAUGUAUGUCUGUCACUGAGUGUGUGUCUGUCAGUAAAUGUGUGUGUCUGUUAGCUAGUGUGUAUGCGUCUGUUUGUGAGAGUGUGUGUGUCUUCAGCACUUACCUUUCUCCAGCGCCAGACUCUCUUGGCGCUGGGGAUCCCUCCGCCCCGAUCCGCCUCUCAGCUCCGAACGCACAUGCGCGGCAAGAGCCGCGCGCGCAUUCAAACAGCCCAUAGGAAAGCAUUACUCAAUGCUUUCCUAUGGACGUUCAGCGUCUUCUCACUGUGAUUUUCACAGUGAGAAUCGCGGAAGCUCCUCUAGCGGCUGUCAAUAAGACAGCCACUAGAGGCUGGAUUAACCCUCAGUGAAACAUAGCGGUUUCUCUGAAACUGCUAUGUUUUCAGCUGCAGGGUUAAAACUAGAGGGACCUGACACCCAGACCACUUCAUUGAGCUGAUGUGAUCUGGGUGUCUGUAGUGGUCCUUUAAAUGUAUGUGUAUCUGCAUGCACUGGCGUACAUACCGCAGUCGCUCGUGCUUGCUAUGCUUCUAAGCAAGCACUUUGAUACACACAGAUAAUGUGUGGGGAUGUGAAGUCAGUGCAGCAGGGGGUAGAGUUUAAAUGGUCUUUCAGCUGCAGAUACCUGGUUCCAUCUAGUUCACUCACUAAGACCGCGUCUGUGCUAUCCAUUGUUUUUUUGUUUUUGUUUUUUUUAUUACACACAUUUGUGCGUACAAAAUAAUUUGGCUAAUUUGAUAACUCUCUGAGAACAAAAGCAAAGUUGUUCUGGUGCUAGAAGUCACUUCUCUGUAUUUUCAAAUUAGACAUUUGGGUAUAGUAUACACAUGUAUUUGUUGUGUUUCCAAUUUGCUAUGUUAUAGUAGUACUUAUUUGUGCAAUAUUUGCUUUAAUUCAUCAUCCAGGAAUCGAUUGUAUACGCUCGGUGACAUUGAUUAAAAGUCCUAUUGUGUUUUACACCCCACCUCCUAUAGACUGUAAGCUCAUUUGAGUCGGGUCCCCUUCAACCUAUCAUUCCUACGUUUUCUUGUAAUUGUCCUAUUUAUAGGUAAAUCCCCCGUUAUAAUAUUGUAAAGCGCUACGGAGCUUCCCAAUGCAGCUCAAUGAAAAGUUUUUACAAGGCAGGUGCUCUGAGCAAUUGCUGCCUCUUUAGUAUAUCUCCACUGAGUUAAACAUCCAGGAUGUAACAGGACCAACUGCCUGACAGCCGGGGGGGUGUAAUAAGAUCAAUUUAUAAAUGUGCCCAUUUGUAUUGAAAUCUGCACUUUUUGUAAAAUGAAAAAAAGGACAAAUUCUUCACACAUAAAGCACUUCAACAAGCUAAGGUGCUUUAGGUGUUUGAAAUGUUCCUUUUUUCAGUUUUUGGAGUGUUCCUUUGAUUUUUUUUGUGUUUGUUACAGGUUAGGAAAAUCCAAAGGCGGAAAGGACGAGGGAAACCAGAAGAUGAAACUGUACCAGAGGUGACGGUGACACUGACAGAAUUGAAGAGCAGUACAGAAACUCUUGAUAAUACUGGAGGCCAAAGAAAGGAGCAAUUUCAGCAGUCGGACGCUGUACUGUCCAUAGUGGUCAGUGGUGCUGGUGGCCCCAAUGAGAACUUGACAGUGCCUCCUGUUGUAGACAGUAUAACCCCAACCACUGUGACACUAGCAGAGCUGACAGUACCUAUAUUUAUCCAGAACCCAGAAUGAGCUACGAUGAUGGAUUAGAUUAAGUUCGCUGUUUACCUUCCCUUCUCACUAUGAAUUCUAGAAAGUUAUCUAGUAGAUGUGGCGCUCUGUAUAAUUACAGUUAAACUAAUCAAAGUCUUGGAGUCUUUGCAGAAGAUGGGCUGCUUACAAUUCCUGUUAUUGAUCUAGACAAAGAUUUGAAAAACUACAAAUCUUCAUUGGAUUUAUCUCCAAUAUUACUCCGGGUCUGCAUUUAUUACCCAUACACUCCUGACUGUAAUAUUGGCUUAAUAUUUUGAUGGUAAAAAAAGGAAAUUGGGGGAUCCCUGUCAGAUCAACGUGAGCAGAAAGCGAAGAUAUAGGGGUCAGGAAAUUUGUUGUAUCUACUUUGUGCAUUGUUGGUCCUAAAUUACAGGAUAUUAUUCCUUGAUUCUCGAUAAACAAACUGCUUGACAUACUGUCGGGAGCAAGAGUAUCCCAGCAUGCAACUAUGGAUCAGUACUGGUCAGGAUGUCAAAAGAAGCAACAUGAUAGCAGCUUUUUAAUGGUCCAUAGCAUGGACCAGGUUUAGCACUAGGAACUCGAAAAAGGCAAGACAAAAGGGAAAGAGAGUAUCCUAGUCAAAACUAGCCUACAGUCAAGAGAAUACGUAAAUGAUUCUAGAACUUCUUGAAAUACUCUUGAAUGAUUAAACAAGGCCAGAGGUCAGCAUACCAGAUAUCAGUGUAGUCAGGGCCUGCUAAACCAGAAGCACAAAUAACUCCCCAAAAAUUACAAACGCACUAACAAAUGGCAAGAACCAUGACAUGGCAUGGUGUCCCCCAAGAUUCUCGUCUUAAAUGUGCUAGAUUCUGCAUCAUGUUAGCUGCACAUUUUUUUGCUUUGUAUUCAUCACAACUACACUGAUGUAAACUGAAGUUAUUAGCGGAGACCGUGUGAGUUAUACAGGAUAUACUUUGCAGGAUGCAUCACACAGAUGAGAGAUUCUGAUAAGAAACUGUAUGUCAUGAUUUUCCUAAAAACAUGACUGUUACCGAGCCAUCAGGGCUAAACUAGUGCAUCGCUGAUUUUACGGUUUGAUAUGGAAAGAGGUCAAGCUUCUGACAGUUCUAAAUAUGUAAGCGCAAACAUUGUCACUUUCACCUUCUCCCAUUCAACUUUCGUUUAUCAAAAGGGCUGAGACCAGCCUUUCAAAAAAUAGUAAAGACUAUAACCAUUUUUUUCUACAGUGAAGUAGAAAGCAAUGAGCAUCUGUUAACUAAAACCAAUGCCACUCAGUGCAUUGAAUUUCUCACCCUCGUUAGAAGGGUAUAUAUGUUUUGUGUGCUUCAAAUAUAUUGUAUAUUGUGUAUUUUUAAAAAUAUAUACAUACUUGUACUCUUACAUGUAUGAUGUACCUAUACAAUUGUGUAUAAAUGUAUUCAACAUAUAUACAACAACACUGUUUAAAAUGUUGGGUGAUGUUUGUCAAUUAAAAUUAAAGGGACAUGCAUCACCUGAUACACUUUUUUUUCUCUCGGCAAAUGAAUGCCACUGUACAUGGAAUAUGACUUAUUCUGCACUGGCUAAUUACAUACUAAUGCAGCAGCAAUAUAAACUAUCUCGGUAUGUACCGCAUUUCACAUACAGACUGCAAGCAUCAUGAUCACUUCAAAAC